AAUUCCCAUUUAGUUCUUUGUUUUUUAUUAUCACGGCGGCUGUUUUCUACUAGGAAGCUUUGUAGUCUGGAUCUCGGAAAAAAUGGAAAAAUUUGCAAAUCAAAUUGGAUUUUUGGUCUUGAAGGACGAUGGUGCCGUUCUGGAAUCCGGUGGGGAAUUGGAGAACGAUGAAAGAAGUGCCAAUAUAUUUCUAGAUCUUAUCAAUUUAACCGAAAGUGUCGAUGAGAAUUUCAUGCCAAACAGUAGCUGCGAAAGAAUUUCCAUUGUUUAUGAAGAUCACAGCUAUAACAUUUGCAUGUCCAACAGACGUAUCUAUAUUGUCAAAUUGCGCAAUGGUUCGGCCAACAGUCGUAUGGGUGGUCUGGGUGUGUCUUCCAACAGCAGUGUCUAUGUGGAUGCCAAUGAGGGCAAUAUGAGCUCAACCGGUGCCGCUUUGCUUACUUGAGGAGAAUCAAGCACUGUCUGUUGCGUUUUCUGCGCCCAUAGCAUUCGCCGCCAGCGCAGUCCCAUGGCGGACAGUGCUUGCCUCCCCACACAGAAUACCAAGGAUCGUUCACGUAGAUUUAAUUGGAAAACACCAUUCAUAUAUUUGAUAAUUUUGUUUAUUUGUCAGAGAAUACACCAUCUUUAAUAUCAUGUUCAGUAAA